AUGGAGAAAGACAACACCACACUGAUCAACACGGUGCCACAAGAAGUGUGGGAUCAAAUCGUGCAACAUUCUACCUUGCAGGAUGUCCUGGCCCUCCGCGCUACAUGCAAGAAGGCAUCUAAAGUCUGUUAUGCGUGCAGCAGGCUUUACCUACACCCUACGCGCCUGUCAGAUGUCGUCAAACUCUGCAACGGAGAGUCUGAGUUCUUGAAGGAGGCGCGUGAAGGCAUCGUGGAGCUCGUCUUGCUUGGUACGAGUGCGCCAGCCUUCCAAUGGCAACUCCAAGGAGAGCACCCAGAUCUGGUACAAUACCGCCCUUGGCCACGCCUGGGCGGCGGGUUCCCGCAAACACUAGUCACAACUAAGGAAGAGGUUCAUGAAACAGGGACGCGGUCUUGGGAAACCAAUUACACCCCGUUGUUAAUGGCUCUUCAAGAAGAUUAUCUUCCACAACUGAGCAGCCUCAUCUAUGCGACCAAGGCUGACGAGGAAGGCUAUUGCGCGGUACCCCAAACGAAGAUGGAAUUUCAUGCCCUGAACAGCACGAAGCAUCAACUUGAUCCCGAAUGCAAUGACCUGUACACACAAUGGUCUGAUCUCGAGAUGCUGUGUGGCGUUCUGACCUUUUCAAGCCGCAACUUCAGGACAGUCAAAUUCACUCAAAUGCGUGAACGACCAUGCGACCUACGCUGGGUGUCUCUGGGCUCUGAUCAGGAGACAAUCAUCGACGACAUCGGCUCCGCAUCAUCACGAAGGACAGCCCGCACGGUGGCUUCAAUGUCACACGCAAUGGGUUUGGUACAGCACCUCACUCUCCCGGCUGCGUCCCUCACUUUCCACAAAGACCAUUGGCGCGAAUUACAAGCCCUCGCGGGCGGCCUGCGAAGCCUCACGAUAGACAUCGACGGGCCUGACCCCGGCUGUACCGAUCGAGAUCUAUGGGCACUGCAAGAUUACAUUGCUGGCCAGUCUGCCGCGGGCAAGCAGGGUCCCGCACAUGUCGAAGAGCUCAACAUCCGCGAUCAUCGGGAUGGUCCUAGUUGUCUAGAGCCGGAGUAUGUGCUCCAGUUCUUGGAGUUCCGCAAGCAUUCGCUGCAGGUUGUGCGUUUCCAUAAUGUCUUCUUCUGCGAAAUGUCGGGUGCGGAUCGGAUGGUCAAGCGGGGCAUGAAGUCUUUGAUUGAGCGGUCGCGGUCGUAUGGUUUGCGGACUGUGGAGCUUCGUGUGCCUCGUCUGGGUCUGAAAGAGACUGAUCGCAAUGAUGAAUUUUUUGAAGAAUACAGGCCGGAUGAAUCGUAUCAUAGUGCUGAUCCUAACUGGUGCGGACGGGGUUUGUUUGAUGAGCUUGCUGAAGAGUUGGGUGUUGUUGAACGGGAUGGGGGGUGGGAUUUUGCAGUGGCGGUAUUACCUUUAGAUGAUGAUCGAGAAAGUCAAGGUGUGUCCCAUUUUAAAGAUGACUAG